CCUGAGCUCAGAGCCUCAGAUCCGCUCCGGAGCCCAGAGUAGCGGCCGCACGCUCUCAAAAUGCCCGCAAAGUGAGCGAGCAACGCGGCCACACUGUCUGCACGUCCCCGCUGUGGUCUCCGGAGGUUUUUUUGACCGAGAUAAACGGGAUUUUAUGGCACGUAACCGCAGAAACAGACCUGAUGGAGCGGUGGUCCCUCCUCCACCGCAGCACCAGGGAGCCUGAUCCAUGUCCGCACCCCAGCCGCCAGCGCUGAUUCCUGGGUACCUCCUCCUCCACCGCCCCUGACCCUGGACCUCCCCCCUCCCCGCUCCACCUCGUCCUCCUCCUUAAAAUGUCCAUCAGCAUGAUCGGAAAACUCAAACAAAACCUCCUCGUGGCCUGCCUCGUCAUCAGCUCCGUCACCGUGUUCUACCUGGGACGCCACGCUAUGGAAUGCCACCACAGGGUCGAGGAACACGGCCAAAACGGAGUCGCCAUUCCGCUGUCGGCGGUCGGGGGGAGCAUGCGGACGACGUUACGGACGGGUCAAAACCUCAGCACGCCGUUUCUGUACAGUAAAGACAUGCCUUUGGUGUUCAUCGGGGGGGUGCCGAGGAGCGGGACCACGUUGAUGCGCGCCAUGUUGGACGCGCACCCGGAAAUCCGCUGCGGAGAAGAGACCAGAGUCAUUCCGCGGAUUCUCGCCAUGAAACAGAUGUGGAGCCGGUCGGGAAGGGAGAAAAUGAGGCUGGACGAGGCGGGAGUGACGGACGAGGUUUUGGACGCCGCCAUGCAAGCGUUUUUACUGGAGAUCAUCGUCAAACACGGAGAGCCGGCCAACUUCCUGUGCAAUAAGGACCCGUUCGCGUUGAAGUCGUUGGCGUAUUUGGCGAAAAUAUUCCCCAGGGCGAAGUUCGUGCUCAUGAUCCGCGACGGGAGGGCGUCCGUGCAUUCCAUGAUUUCUCGGAAGGUGACGAUCGCGGGGUUCGACCUGGGGAGUUACCGGGAUUGCCUGACCAAAUGGAACCGCGCGAUAGAGACGAUGUACACGCAGUGCCUGGACGUGUCGGACAAGUGUCUCCCGGUUCAUUAUGAGCAGCUGGUGCUUCAUCCCGAGAAGUGGAUGCGAACGCUGCUCAAAUUCCUGGAGAUUCCCUGGAACGACGCCGUGCUGCAUCACGAGGAGCUGAUCGGGAAAGCCGGAGGAGUGUCUCUGUCCAAAGUGGAGCGUUCCACGGAUCAGGUGAUCAAACCGGUGAACGUGGAGGCUCUGUCCAAGUGGGUCGGAAAAAUCCCCCCUGACGUGGUCCGGGACAUGCCCGCUAUCGCCCCCAUGCUGUCCAGGCUGGGAUAUGACCCUCACGCCAACCCACCCAACUACGGACGUCCCGACGCCAAAGUCCUGGACAACACGAGGAGGGUUUUUAAAGGGGAAUUUCAGCUCCCAGAAUUCCUCAGAGAACAGUCCCAGAUCCAGAGGUCGGCAGAGAGGCCCAACCCCAGUUAGGACCCGAGCGAUGACAUCACAAUGACAUCAUCACUAAAGUGCAUCUGGACCACCUGGACGUCUGCGGCGCGACCACACGACGACCUCCUCCUCCGCAUCACAUGACCCGACUCGACCAAUCACGCGGCUGAACUCUGAAUGUCCCAUAGUCGUCCUGUUCUUUCGUUUCCAUGGUGACGUGUCGGCGGGGGGGAGGGGGGGGGCGGGGUGAUCUCUGGACCGACCUGGACUGUGACGUCGGUGUAUUUAUGAAUGAACCACGCAAUACUUCAUGUUUAUUUUUGUUUUUCAUGCCUUUGUAAAGUGCUGAGUCAUGGUACGAGUCACGUGAAGUAUCGGCCGUGAUAAACCUACGCUUUUGUA